AUGCAACAAAUUAAUUUGGAGGAUUUAUUCGGAGGUGGAGAGAAUGAAGUCUGUGGAAUGACUUGUCCAAAGGGACAAUCAUUAAUUAAAAAAGCAGGUUAUAAGGCUAUUUUUAAUGGAUGUGGACCUUCGGGUGAAUUUAACCACAUUUCAGACAAGAUUGGAUUUACUAAUUGUUGUAAUGAACAUGAUAUUUGUUACACUGAUUGUUCUAAGAGUAAGGAGCAAUGUGAUUCGGAAUUUACCGAAUGUUUAAAUGGUCACUGCAAAACAAAGAAAAAGAAGGAAAAGGAUGAAUGUUCUACAACAGCAACAAUGUUCAGUUGGGGAGUGAAUGCUUUUGGAUGUGAUGCCUAUACAAAAAGUAUUCAAGAAGCUUGUGAAUGUAAAUCAACAAAACACGAUGAAUUGUAA